AUGCAUCACAGCCAAGAGCCCAAUCCCAAGAACCUCCCGAAGCAGCGGAACCUUUUCAGCCUGGCGAAGUCACUGCCCCUGGAGGACAGCGUGGUGGUCGAGAUUGGCUUCAACGCUGGGCAUUCAUGCCUCCUCAUGCUCCUGGCACACCCCAAGCUGCAGGUGAUUGCCUUCGAUCUCUGUGAGCACGCUUACACAAGGGCCUGCUUCGACAUUCUGCAAGCCGCGUUUCCGGGUCGUCUUCGUCUUGUUCCUGGCAAGUCUCAGCAGACCCUGCCAAGAUGGGUAGCAGACCACGAGGAGAGAGCGGAUCUGAUCCACAUCGAUGGGGAUCAUGACCCUCAGGCUGCCAAAGCAGACCUCAAGAACGCAAGAGCGUUGGCAAGAUUGGGGGCCUGGGUUGUCUUUGACGACACCUGCUUCACACCCCUGAAAGCUGUGUGGAACGAGAUGCUGGAAGCGCAGUUCAUCUCAAUACCAGAGAGGCAGUUUUGCGCAACUACCCGGCACAGCAUCGCGCGUUACGUGCAGAAGCACAGCAAGCAAGAUGACCUGCUCUCUAUCUUGCGGCCAGCUUUAGAGCAUCGCGGGCGCAUGCGACAUGUCUUGGUCAUGGCACCAACAGACCACGGGCAGGACAGCCUAUUGGGCUACCUUUGCAAGCACCGGCUGUGGUCAGGGAAGGCUUCGUCCAAGAAGCUCGUGCCCAGCACUACAGAGCGUCAUCAGAGUCACUGGAUCUCACUGCCUCUUCGUUUCGAGCCUCGCGAUGAGCUGCCGCACCUGCUCCAGCUCGUAGCCCCGCACUUUGCGGAUGUCCAGCAGAUUACUGACUGCCUUCCGCUUGCGGAUGGCAUUCUCUUAGUGGUGGAUUGCGCCGAAGGCCUUACAGAAAGCUUCUGCCAGGUGUUUGGCACGGCUGUGGCCCGUGGACUGCAGCCGGUCCUGUUUCUGAACAAGCUGGACAAGCUGCUGUCACUGGAACCUGACAACGAGCUGUGCUACCAGCGUCUCUGCAACAUACUGGAGAGGCUGAACAGCAUGAUUGAGGGCGUUCCAUCCUUGAAGCCUCUGUGUGUGGAGGACGGCAACGUGGUGUUUGGGAGAGGCUCCCUGAGCGUUGCUGAGUCCAUUGGUGGUUGGGGCUUCACCCUGGCCCACUUCAUCACAGAGAUGGCCAAGAAAAAAUCUUGGACUGAGGAACAAGUAGCGAAGCUCACGCCACGCCUAUGGGGAGAUCACUUCUACAACGGGCGCUGGGGAACUGAGGGUGAGCGGG